AUGGCCCAAGAACCCGACUCCCUGGCCCUAGAAUCGCCCGUUCCAGAGUCGCCUCCGGCUCCUAUACAGGAGGUCUCGUCAGACGCCACGCCAGAGAUUCUGCCCCAGUCCACAGCCGAAGAUCAGCCCAAGAAGCCAAAAAGGCUAACUCUCCAAGAACGCUUAGCUCUAGCGGCCAAAAAGAAGAAAAAAGCAGCCUCAGAAGCUCAAUCUGUGCCUGACAGUCCGAAGCCCGUUGAAGAAACACCCGCCGUGGAAGAACCAACGCCUGAACAUGACGAAACAGCUGAAUUGAAGAAACAACUCGAAAAACUACAACUACACAGCCAACAACUUCUAGAUGAAAACAAGCUGUUGAAGGCAGCAGCGGUCCAGAAGACGCCCUCGCUGGAUCUAAGCAAAAAAUUGGCCGAAAAGGACACGUUGAUCCAGCAAUUGAUGGACGAAGGCCAGGCGCUUUCGGCUAAGGAGAUCAAGCUCCAUGAAAAAGUACGUGCCAUGGCGGCCACCAACGCCAAACUAGAGAAUUCGUUGAAAGAGUAUGCUACGAAGAACGAAGAUGCGCUUUUGAAGCUCGAGGAGGUCGAGAGUAUCAUGAAAACACAUAAACUCAAGUCUGUAGACCAGCUUCUCGAGCUUUUGGAGGUGAACAGCCAGAAACUCAAUGAGGCGAAGCUGGCGCUUGAGGACGAGAAAUCAAAGAACUGGGAGGGCAAGUAUAGAGAGCUGCAGAAACAGUAUGAGCUGGAACUCGAGGAGAAGCGCCAUGCGCAGAAAGAGCUUAAUGAUUUGAAUAUCAAGCUUCAGAUGGAAGGAAACCAGCUGCAUUUGGACUUAAAGCUGCGUGAAGAUACAAUUGCGCUGCUUAAGCAAGAAAUCAGCUCGUUGAAGGAUGAGAGCAGUACGGAAAUCACGCGUCUUGAGUCGAAGAUCGAGGGUCUCCGGCUGGAAAACGAGAGUUUCUUGAAGAUGCUGAUGUUGAACAAUGAAGCAGACGCUAGUACUGCUACGGAGGCCGAAUCUAAGCACAUUGCGUACUCUGAGUUUGCCAAAUUGUCUGAAGCACAUAAGAAUUUGCAGCAGCAGUACGUUCUGUCUCAGGAAAACUGGAAACUUAUUGAAUCGCAGUUGCUCAGCAAGUCUGAGGCGCUUUUGGAGCUGCUGAACUCGCUCAAGAAGAGCAAAGUCAAGGCCCAGACUGAAAUGAGAAGAUUAAACGGACAGAUAUCGCAGUUGAAGGAGGAACUUGAACAGGUUCAACAGAAGGUGAAGGAUCUUGAGAAUGCCAAUAACGACCUCAAAUUCCAGCUUUCUGUCAAGGAAGACGAUUACAAGGAGUUAGAAACGAAGAAAGAGGACCUCACAUCGAUUUUCAAUUCAGAUAGACACAACUGGGAGCUUCAGGAAGAGAAACUCAAGAGCACCAUCGAAAAGCUCGAAGAGCAAGUCCAGGAGCUUCGAGAGUCCAGUCUUGUGGGAGGCCCCAACGUCGAUUCGUUUGCACACCUGCAAUCCAGAAAACUCAGAGAUUCAGGUCUCCAUAUCAACAUUGAGCCAAUGAGAGGCUCUUCUGGCAACCUGGUUCCCCUCUACAACCAAACGCUAGACAGCGAAGUUGGCGCUACCCCAGCUGGCUUUGGAAACUCCUUUGAAGCGCCAAACCUUUCCCAUAAUAACCUCCUGGCACUUUCAUUUACAGAUGACCUUGACUCCUUCGAAGCCACCGAAACCGGACCAAUCCCCGAAGACGCCCUGGUAUACUGGAGAAACUCUGCUGACCGUUCAGGGAUCCCAGCGUCGCAAGGCGGCAAGAACAUUCAACUACUCAGCAAAAUGAGUGCCAACAUAAGAAGACUAGAGUUGGAGAUCACAGCGCUCAAAGAAGAAAACGAGAAGCUCAGCGAAGACAAAGACGAAGCACAACAAGAGAUUGUUGCAAAACAAGACCUCAACAUAAAAUUGGAAAAUCUAGAGCACGAGAUCUCACGGUUGCAAAAAGAGAUUGACCAGAAGCUGCAGCGAGAAACGACGCUUUUGGAAGUCAUUGGAGAAAAGUCAGAACGAGUUGAGGAGCUCAAUGCUGACGUGGCCGAUUUGAAAGACCUUUGCCGCCAACAGGUCCAACAAAUGAUCGAAAUGGCCGAAAAUAAGCAGUUGGGAGCGGAGGUUAGAGAUACCGCCGGCGAUGGAACAGGAACUCCGAGCCGUGGCGGUGGUGUUUUGACUCCAAACACGGAAUUGAGCAUCCAGAAACGCAGAAGACCUUCUUACGGGACCAUUGAGACCGAUAGAGAGGCUCAUUACAAUUUGGACUAUCCUACUGAGGAUGCUGAGCUUCUCAAGCACCAGUUGGACCCCAAGCACCGUUUCUACGCCAGAUCCAGACCUCGUUCACUCAACUUGCCUGGAUUGCUUCCUUACAAACCAGAAAACCCAAAAGAUCGGGCCAAAUUCCUCAGUCAUAUAGUUGCACAUCUAUAUAUUGCAGUAAAGAGCUUAGACAUCCAGGGCUCUGUUUCCAUCACUGCCAAAGACUUGGCUUCGUUGAGAAACGUGGCUGGGCUUUCUGACAUUGACUUGGCUCUUGAAACGAAUCUAUUUGAAAUAAACAACGAUCCAGCACGGACCGCUGAAGAGGAAGAAACGAAUAACUACUUUUCCCAGGAGGACUUGGACGUUGCCAAUGAAGACGACGACGAGUACGAAGACGAUUCUGAACUCGAGGACGACGAUGAUAUCAAGGAAAGCGUUGACGAUUUUGAUUCGGGUGAAACGUCUCAGCACAAGAAACUGCCUAAAUCAGCUGCUGUCGUUUCUACGAAAAUAUGGACCCACGAGCUUCUUGUAUGGCUCAAAAUGAAAUACGACAUGCCAUUGUCGCUCCGAAUGGCUCUUGCUAGAGUCUACUACGCCAUCUGUUGCUGCAGAGGCCAGCAUUUGAAUCUUCGCAUCUAUAUCAAAAUCUUUGAGCUUCUUACUAAGGAUGUGGAGCUCUUGCAAGACGCUGGGUUUACUCUUCCUUGGGAACCAGUGUACCAGGAACUCGUGAACCAUUUCCCUGGCGUGGACGCUACUUUUGAGCCUCUCGAGAAGAAAGAUAUGAACUAUAUGCUAAAAGUGGCUGAACGUGCAUCGAGCUUCUACCCUGCCGAGGCCUUGCCUAAGAUUUUCCAGCAUUUGGGUAGUCGAUUCUCUAUUCCCAAUGCUUCGUUGGUGUUAUCCAACAUGUGCAUGCUUCCAUUGACCUUCCAGAAAGACCCCAAGAGCGAUAACGAUAUCAGAAGAUACCUUUCUCCGUUAUUUUUCAUGUGGUCAAAGCUUAGUCGUUCCAGCGGCGUUGACUCUCAUCUUACAUCCCGUUUGGGUACCAUUGCCAUGUCUUUCUUGACAAAGCUAGCCAAGGACUCAUCUUUCUCCUCGAGCCAUGGGCCUUUUGGCGUGUUUUCUGAAGAGCAGUUCUUGCACUUGAUAAACACCCUUAUAAACAGUUUGAGCAUCAACGUUGAGAAGUACGGUUCCCUUAAAACGCGAUUCUUCCAUGGCUAUUCCAGCUCCAUUGUGUUCUCUAUUAACGGUGACAGCAGUUUGGAGCAAGGCGGUAUUAUGGAUCAUAUUGAGACGCUUCUCAACGCCAUUGAAAGUUAUGUCCAUCCUUCCAAUAGUGGCGAAUGGUCAAGACCGAUUUCGAAGUUCAUAUUGAGCUUGGUCUACCAAUUCCAAAAGAGAUUCAACUUGGAGAGACAACCAACGGGUUCCCUUUACACAUUAGAUCCAAAACAUAAACUCUCAGAUAAAGUUGUGGCUAGAUUCGUUCAGGAUCUUUUGCCUAUAGUCAAAACUGGUAUGCAAUCCAAGAAAGCAAGUGCCGUGGAUGAUUACUUGGUAUGCAUAAAUCUACUUGCAUCCAUGGAUGCUGAACCGGUUCUUUCUGGUACACUUAUCGAUUUAUACGAGUCUCUUGAAGGCGUGAUUUCCACUCACAGAGUCGUGACAGCUCUUCGUUGUCUUGACGAAUUGGUGCGUUACUUCGCCAGUACGCCAAUCUACAGAGUGCAUUUGACUCGGUUGUUCACUUUGGCUUUGCCUGGUAUCGACUCUAACGACUUGACGAAAACUAUGUAUACCCUUGAGGCCUUUGCCGGCAUGGCCAGUUUUGUGCCUAUUCAUGACCUUACCGACGGUGAUGGAGACUCGGGCUUGGCAAUUCAGUUUACAUCCUCCCAGAUGGAGUAUUUGCAGUCCAAGCUUUACAACAAGGAAGCAGAGGCGCCGUUUGACAUUACGCCAGAACUUGAAGAGGAAGCUCUUAAAUCCUCUUCUACAGCAUUCAAGUUACUCAUGAAGACAUUCCUAGAAAGGGUGUUCUUGCUUCUUAGAAACAUUCCUGAUCCUUCUAAGAGUAACGGCAUGGAGAAAGACCUUUGUGACUGUCUUCCGAAGUUCCUUUUCAUCAUGAUAGAAUCAAUGUCGGACGACGUUUUUAAGUGCUUCCGUGAUGAAGUUUUCAACUUUGUAUUUGACAACAGUAUUCACACAAUUGCAGAUGUGGUUGGAGAGAUUUGUGGAGGAGUCAUCAAGAGAGAUCCAAAAUUCUUCAAGCAGAUUGCACCUAUUUUGAUAGACCGUGUUAUGGAAGAGGUCUCUGAGAAUGGUGCCGGAAAGAUGAGAACUGGUAUUGAUGUCGAGCCACUUGAUCAGGCUCUUUUCUGGAACUUGAUUAUUCUUAACGAGUGUAUUGGUAACGCUGGCGAGUUUGUGGUGGCCAUGGGUCCUAAACUUAACAAGCUCUCAUACUUUUUGAUGGAAAAUGUGAAGGGUUCAGUUGUCUUUGCCAGCACCUACAUGCUCAAUCAGAUGCUCCAGGCUGUAACGAAGAUGAGAAUCAGUGAGUCAAGACUUAUCAAUCCCAGCUACAUAAACAAAAAUGGCGUGGACGCUAAAUGUUGGGGUGGUUUCCAGUUUGAUGAGUACCGUUUCUCCCAGGAGAACCUCACAUUUGACUGGUUUAUUCCAGAUGAGAAAUGUGUCAGGUUUGCUGUUGAUACUUUUAAGGCCCACAUUUCUAAAGCUCUUCAGAAUACCCUGAAGGUUUUGAAAGAAAUCAUCAAAAACAAGGAUGCAACGUCACAGAUUGCUCUUGAGCUCUCGGACGAACUUCGUGUCAAUUUGCUUUACUUGGGUUACGGAGUCAGUGGUUCGUCUUACCUUUUUGACCCCUCCUUUGACGAAGAUAUUCCUAAGUUGAACGAUCACAAGUAUGAGUCUUUGCAACAUAGACUUCUCCUUCUUAAACAACUUCGUGACUUGAAAGGAUGCAAGUUCAGCACGAAAGACGAGGCCAGAAUCGAGAACGUUCAAGAAAACUUGCAGAAGAUCGUUGAUGACAUCGAGGGUAAAGAUAUCAUUGAUUUCACCGACGAGCUCGAGAAGACAUUUGAUAUUGACAUGUCUGACUUUAUCAACACUCAAAAAGGAGGCUCCAGCGACAGUGUUGAUGAGAAAGAGCCCGUCUUCAGAAGACCUGUUGAUGUGGGAUCUUUGAGCCAAUCCGAAUCUCCUGUUAAUGAAUCAGCAAGAGCGACCCCAAUGUUAGGAGGUGUCGAUGUUACUUCUUUGAACCCUGCAAUUACCUUCCGUGAACGCAAGAUUUACACGAGUAGGUACUAUUUUGGUGAUGACAUUGAACAACGUAGGGCCAACGAAAUGUACUUCGAGGUCCACAGAACGAGACAUUUGGUUGGUAAGAGUUUGCACAUCAUUUUUAAGUUUAUGACCACCCAUCUUUACGACAAUAUUCGGAUUUUCAAGCAUUUGCUUUAUGUGUUAGACAUCUGGUUUGCAGAUGUGGGCCGUGAAAGGAACUUGGACUACAGCCACUCAAGAAUUUCCUUCAGGUACUUGAGUGAAAUUCAAGAGCUCAAUAGAAUCCGAAAGCCUUUCACAAGACUUACUUUCGGCAGCAGAAUCGAAUCUUACCACCAGAUGCGUGUUGCUUUGCAUGCCACUUCGAGAAAUAUGUCAGAUCUUGAUCGCAUUCUUAUUGAAGAUUUGACCAGAGCUUCAUGUUCUACUUACCUGGCUAUUUCUGAACGCGCCCAGGCUACUUUGCUUGAUGCAAUGAAGCGAGUCAACAAUUCGUACAAUGUGAUUAUCAAGACAACCUUCAAAAUCCUUUCUAAGGCCUUGGAUGAAGACAAUCACAAGAAGAUCGAGAGUGGUUUGACCAUCUUUGAAGUUAAACGUAUCAGAUCCAAGAUGCUGGGAGACUUCAACUAUCUUGGGAAAUUCAUUGAUCUCUUACAUCGUGCGAUGCGAGUCGACCGUGUGGAAGUUAGCGAAUUAGCUCAAAAAUUAUACCAAAGUCUUUGCGGUACAAUCACGUUGCCUAGCAGAGUAUGCUUGAUUGAUAAUAAGAUGGUGGACAGCAUUAGACCACCUGACGAAUUUAUCGAUUUAGAGAUCAAGGCAGUUACACUUGCUAAAGAAAAGAAGAGAGAAGUGUACGCUGAUAAAUUGGAGAAGAUUGAAGAUGCUUUAGUGGUCAACGAGAAGCAAAAUAACCACUGGAAGUUGAGCUCUCUUAACUUACUGUGCUUGAUAGAUCUUGGAGCAGACUUUGGGUCACCUACUAGAAAUGAUGUGUUCCAGUUGUUGACUAAGGCGUCUUCCAGUGACCACCCUCUCAUCUCGCGUUUAGCCUUGAAGGGUAUCAGCAAGCUUUUCAACAAGUUGUUCUUACUCAGUGCAUACAACUACAACUUGCAAGAUGCCUACGAUUUGAACUACGUCAUGAGUGACUUCAAGGUUGUUGAUACGACCCCAAGAGAUGGAGUAUCCUACUCUGAGACUUGGAAGAAGGAAAUUGCCAAUGACAAGUCUCCCGAGUAUUACAUUGAUCAAAAGGCGAACUGCGGUUGGCUCUUCUGGGAUGAUUCCAUGAUAGCAGUGAAGCCAGAACCGUUGAUCGACCUCAAUUUGAAGGAAGCUGAUGCUCAAGUCCUCACUGGAUUUGCAUCAUGUGUGACAGCAGACUGGUUCCGCAAUAUUGUGAAUUUGUGGGUUACGGAUAAUGAAGCCAAUGCUGCUUUCCAAGGAACAGAUGUCUUUGCAACCGCAGGUUUGGUGGCGUUGAUCGCUAGCGGUACAAUCGAGGGUCUUCUGUUUGACGAGUUGUUGGAGAUCAUCAAGUCCAUCUACGUUCCAGAUGACAAGAGUUCGCAUAUUGUUAUUUGUGAAUUGAUUUCAGGAAUCCUCAUUGCCUCGAGAAGCUCGACUCCAGAAAUCGCCAAGAAGAGAGAUGAGUUUUUGGUUCCAUUCUUAUCCAACAUCUUUGAAAAGGAUUUGACGUCUGAAACGAAGAAUAUCUGGACAAUCUUCUCCUGGUGGGUUCCAGCUCACAUUGACUGCAAGAGGUUCCCUGCCAUCGUUGACGUUUUGGUUGAUUUCAAACUUACGAACGACUCGGACUCGGUUUUGCUGAAGGCUACCAGACUUGGAUACAUCCGCUCUGUUGUGGUGUCCAUGACUUGGGGUUUCCCUAACCCAGACGAAAUUCUUGAAAUGUGUUUCAAUAACCUUAGCAACAAGUACCAAGCAAUUAGAGAACAGAUUGGGUCCUUGAUUGCAGUCACUUCCUUUUCGUUCUACGGCGAAUCGAUGAAAGACAGCAAGACCUUCGUUGAAGCAUGCAAUAACGAGCUGCACAUGUACAAGAAGAGUAUGGACCAUCUUCUAUUCAACAAACUCCCAUCGUUGUUUGAUCAAGUGGAAGUUUGGAGAAACGAAGUAAAAGACUUGUCUGCUCAUGAGAUCUUAAAUUCCGACUAUAUCUGUGCUGCCACCACGAUCCUAAGCUGGUUGAAGCAAGCUCUUAACACGAGUAUCGCUAUCCAGUACCAGGAUUUCGUGAGCAAGUAUAUUGCUCCAUUCCUUUUGCAUUUAACAGCCAUGAAAGAUGUAUGUCAGCUUGGAAACAUUGAGCCUAUCUCGACAUUCAAGAAGGUUUCCCAGAUUCCUUUCGAGCCCCAUUGCUUGGAAGAGGUCGUAACCAUGUUAGAAGGGUACAGCAAGGACGGCUUGAACCAUGUUCAGUACUUCAUCCUUGGUGAGUUCACCGAAACAGUGUACUUCAAGAACUUGUUCUACUUGACCAAGUCUCAAAGACAGCGUAUCUUUGAAUUGACUGUCACCUUGAUGUACCAUAAGAACGUUGAGAUUCGUGAGGCUGCCUCCUCGACCUUCUCUGGUUUGGUUCAUACCUCUCCUCCAGCUGUCGUUGAUGAAAUAGUGUCACACUACAAGAAGCGUUUUGCUGCUGAUUUGGAUAAGGUCAGAAAGCAGCACAGAAAGACAGGUUUCAAGAACGUCUCGAAUGCAGAAACCAUAACCAUGCACGGUGCUGCGCUUGGUUUGGGUGCUUUGGUUCAUGCCUUCUCCUUCCAGUCACCACCACCUCCAUGGAUUCCAGAGCUUUUGACUCUUUUGUCUAACAAAGCGUCAGGUGUCGUGGGAGUCGUUGGAAGAACCGCCAAAGAUGCUCUCGGCAAAUUUAAGAAAACUCGACAGGAUACAUGGCAUGUCGACAGCAAGGUGUUCUCAGAAACACAAAUGCAAGACUUGGAGGGAGUUCUUUGGAAGAGCUACUUCAUUUGA